UCCAGAUCAAGUUCAUCCGAUCAAUGAAAUACCUACUCUGCAUGUCCAGGCAGACACAGACGAGUUACAGAAGUUGCAUGAUGACGUUCUAGAAGAUGUAUCGAUCACUGCCAAUCUUUCGCAUAUUAGGUAAAAAGAAAAGACCAAGGUAGAGUUAAGCUUAUGUAUGUUUGAUAGCGUCGAUAAUAUUGAUUUUUUCGACAAAAUAAAGUUUUCCUUAAGCGGCCAAACAUCAAGGUUGUUCAACAAACUUUCUUAUGGCUUUGCUAUUAGAGAUUCCAACAAAAGGACUCUGGGCGGAUACAAGAAAUUUAAGCUUCGUUCAUGUGCUACUGAUCCAAGUUACAUUCGUGAAAAGCUAUACUAUGAUAUCCUGUCUGCGUCUCAGGUGCCAACAGCAAGAGCUUCUUAUGUUCGACUAUUCAUAAACCAAGAGCCACAGGGACUUUAUAUGCUAGUAGACAAAUACAAGAAACCAUUUAGCAAGAGAGUGUUUGGAAAUGAUCAGCCAGGCUAUAAGCGAGGAACCUUGUUCCAAGGAAGUAUGCAAGAAAAUCCUAUGGCUGUUGGUAGGCUUCGUUUAGGCGCCAACCUAGGUUAUUUAGGUCCUACUGUAAAAGAUUACAUCGAGCCACGGGUAAAUCAGUCAGUGUAUAAGAUUCAGGAAUACCCCUCCAAGUCGGUGUCAAAAGAUCAUACGAUGGCGCCUCUUGUUUCGUUUAUUCAAUUUAUUGAAAGCACCAAGAUGUUUGCGGGCACAAAAGAAGAACUUGCAGUCGAAUGGAACAAGAGACUGGAUGUACCUACUUUUCUGAAAAACCUUGCUCUUGAAAUAAUAUUAGGGCACAAUGAUGGCUACUUGGGCGCGGCACAUAAUUAUUUGCUAUACCAAGAUCCUGGACAGAAUGGGAGGUUUAUAUGGCUGCCUUCUGAUUUAGAUCAAACCUUUGGAAACACUCUGGUUCCUGCAAAUGAACAAAAGGAUGCAGAUAAUUCAUUUAAAAGAAUAGAUCAGUUUGGUCUAUUGAACAAUAUUGCUCGUAGACCACUCGUGAGUCAAUUGCUACAAGUAGAUGAAUUUAGAGACCAGUGGUUUAGAAUUAUGCAAGACUAUUAUGACUACUUGUUUAAAUCAGACACUGUUCUGACUUAUACAAACUAUCUAAAGAGGCUCAUACAGAUCGACGUCCAAUGGGAUAAACAAUUACAAAGAGUAAAUCGAUUCCAAGGCAAUCAAUCAGUAUUUCAAAAUCAAUUAAGGCAAAAGAUUUUGCAGCUACCUCUUGGCGGAGACUUUUAUGAGAGGAUAGACAAAAUAGAUUUUGAUAUGGCCAUUCACGGAACUAUAGCCAACCAUUCAUCAAUUAUAUCUAUCACAGAUUAUUUGUCCACUGUGAAUCAAUCUUUGUCCGGUUUUGUCCUUGACUUGAAAUCAGAAGGGCUGCUUUAAAAAUAAAUUGUAAUCAUGGUACAUCGAACUUUUGACUUGUAAAUUUCAUUUAGAGAGAAGAGGAGAGGGAGAGAUCCAUUCUACAGAGAUCAACGUUGAUUAGAAGUGCUAUUAAACCAAUCUUAUUCAUUAAUCGAUUAUUUCUUGAAUUGACGUAUUUCUUUUAAUUAUGUCCUUGAUUCCUAUAAUA